CCAAUUGUGUUUUUAAAAAACAAAUCUCUUUUGUGUUGAUAAAGUUGCGUCUCAUAAAAUUUGGGGUUUAUGACUUCCUCAAAUUACUAUUACCGCCUGUGUUCAUGACCUAGUUACUAAAACUUUUGAAAUGUGCACGUUCCCCAGUGGUUUUAAAUAGGUCUUUUUGUAGUCUUAUGUACGCUUAACAAACUUUCACAUUGUCGAUUUAUCUCAAUGUUUUUCAAGUCAAGUUUACUUUAAUCGGACCCCAAUACUGGUCUAAGCCUAUUUUUUGUCCAAAAUAACAUAGGGCCUUUCUAUUUUAACUGUCUGUUUCUGUGUGGAAAUUUUCAUCUUUUGUAAAGUAUACUUUUAUUUUGUAAGGUCAUAGGCGGAAAUGUUGUUUUGCUGUUGUCACAGAUUUGCUCGGUUAGACUUUGUCACGAAAACUGCCCGUUCAAAAGCGUAGGGAUGGUCGAAAUGAGACUUUAGGGAGGCUGGCGCAUACAGCACGCUGCUUGUGUUGUGUCUGAGCUGAAGAGGACACACAUAGGAAGUUGUGACAACAUCAUGGAGCUGGUGGGCUACGUGAAGCGUUGGCUCAGCGCCUGUCAAACAUUUGUAACACCGACUUUUCAGGCCUGCAUUCUUGAUAGUGCAUGCGGAAAUUAGAAAGAAAGCCGGGACUUCGUUAUGACCGAGAGACGCCAGACUCCACAGCUUGUCAAGAGAGGUUAGCUGCAGAUGAGCAUCCCCAUUCCGAAAUGUGUUAGGAUGCUGAACCAUCACUGCAGAAGGAAUCCUGAGCUUCACGAGGAGCUGCAGAUUCAGGCUGCUGUGGCAGCUGGAGAUGUCUGUGCUGUAAGAAGAAUGCUGGAGCAAGGAUACUCACCCAAAAUUCGUGAUGCCAAUGGAUGGACGCUGCUUCAUUUUUCUGCUGCCAAAGGAAAAGAAAGAUGUGUUCGUGUUUUUCUGGAGCAUGGAGCUGACCCCACAGUGAAGGACUUCAUCGGUGGCUUCACAGCACUUCACUAUGCUGCCAUGCAUGGCAGAGCACGCAUUGCCCGGCUCAUGCUGGAAUCAGAGUUUCGCAGUGACAUUAUAAAUGCUAAAAGCAACGAUGGCUGGACUCCAUUGCAUGUGGCAGCCCAUUACGGCCGAGACUCUUUUGUUCGCCUUCUCCUGGAGUUCAGGGCCGAGGUGGACCCACUUAGUGACAAAGGGACUACGCCUCUGCAGCUGGCCAUCAUCCGUGAGCGCUCCAGCUGUGUACGAAUCCUGCUGGACCAUGGUGCCAAUAUUGACAUUCAGAAUGGCUUCCUGCUCCGGUAUGCCGUCAUUAAGGGCAAUCACUCAUAUUGCCGCAUGUUCUUGCAGAGGGGAGCAGACACUAACCUUGGACGGCUUGAAGAUGGACAGACCCCAUUGCACCUGUCAGCCCUCAGAGAUGAUGUGUUGUGUGCCCAGAUGCUCUAUACAUAUGGUGCUGAUACCAAUACAAGGAACUUUGAAGGCCAGACGCCUGUAGCCGUGUCUGCUAGCAUGUCGGGGAUCAGCCGGCCCUGUCUGGACUUCUUGCAGGAGGUCACUAAACAACCUCGGACUUUACAGGACUUGUGUCGAAUAAGAAUCCGUCACUGCAUCGGCCUUCAGAGCCUGAAGCUGCUCGAUGAUCUUCCCAUCGCAAAGGUUAUGAAAGACUAUUUAAAACAUAAGUUUGACAGUGUCUGAAAGUUUCAGAGUGAAUGAAACUUCAUAUACCAAUACUAUGCAACCGCAGUGGUAAAGGUUUGUGUACUUUUUUUGAUUUUUGUUUUUGAUCCGGGGUUGAGUCCUGUUUGUUCCUCAACCCAUUAAAACGUCUGUCUUUUGGUUUGUGUGUGUGUUUUUUUUAAAAGAAUCUAACGCUUUUAUUUGUUUUUCAUUCAACUAGCAUUAUAAUCAUUAAAAGGCUAUUUAUGUUACCAACAUUAUAAGGAUUUAGUUUAAAUAUUAAGCUUCUUGGAUACUGAGGGAUAAAAACCACUGUCUAAUAAUGAAUUUAAAUCACCAGCCUUCCUGAUGAUCCUCUGGAUCCUCCUAAUCACCACCUGCAUUACCUUUCUACUCAAAUCAUGUUUACUGACAGAGGUAAGAAUGAAUGUAAGGCAGUUAGUGGAAGCUUAAUGUUACAGUGUAAGGCAGCACACUGAAAAGCAGGAGUGGUUUACAUCACAGACUCUCUGGUGCUGAUUCUGUGGUGGUCAAGCAUGAGUAAAGGUGCAGCAUGCACUUCUGCUCUAUAGGCACACCGGGCCAAUUCACAGGGAGUCCCAAUAGAUUUCUUGGAUGUGGUUGGAAUUUGCCUUAAUUAGUAAAACACUUGAGUUGAUCAUCAUUUACUCAUGUGAAUGUGGAGGGAUGACUCAAAAAUCACUUCUUCCAGCUUUUGCCUUGUUACAACUCGCUCGGUUCACAAUAGAUAAAAUAGGUUUGAUGGUUGAAACAAUAUCAUUACAAAAAGUACUGGGAAUCCUAAAAAUGGCAUAAACCGUCAAACUACUGGAAUUUAAAUAUUACUACUGAGGCAUUACUGUGUCAACUGUGGGUCGUGUUCUUUAAUAUCUCCCAUGAAGAGGGUCUUAUUUCCGCCAGGAGUUUACAGAAGCCUGCGAUCUAACCUUCCCAGCACAAAGAUGCCAGAUGUUCCUGGAAUCGGCUGAAGUCAGGCUCAUUGUCUUCUGCAACUGAAGUGAAUCUACUCAAUAGUGUGUGUGUUCAUCUUGGUCCACAAGUCUGUCGGUGCUGCAGUUGGUCUCAACCUCCUCCUGCAUUUAGUUCUUUACAGGUUAAAACCAAUAGAUACGAUGUGAAUGACUGAGUCAGUGAAGGUCAAACAGUGUGGUUCUGUAUGUGGAACCUUUGGGUCGGGUUAAGUGCACUGAUAAAAUUCUGUUAAUGAAAAUAUGACUAGUCACAUCUGUUUUAACACUGACACAGUCGCUAAAAACUGCAUGUAAAUAUGAAUGUACAACCAAUAUUUUUGUAAAAAUUAUUUAAGUAAUGAUCUGCAAUAUUUGUAUUUGAAGUUUAAACAAAGGAUUGCGAUGAACUUGGUUUGACUAUUUCUUGAGUGUGAGUUUACUAUAAAAUAAUUUGGUUCAAAUUGUGCUUUGAAUUUUAAAAUAGUAAUUUCUUGUAAUGUGAACUUUUAAUUUGAGAUUUGAAAAUAAAAUGUUGGAGUUUAAAAAA